GAUGGAAUUAGUAAAGAGAGGAUUUUAAGUUUUGAAGUAGAUUCACAGCAAAUUAAUUCAUAAAUAUUAUCAACAUCUGUACAGAAAGAGAAAAUUAAGAACAUUCCUGAUGGGAGUAGGUAGAUAUAAAAGAUUAUAAAAUUAUCAGGGUCAUUGUAUUUAUUGAGAAGAUUGUCACAAUUGGUAAUGUUAUUGACACCUUCAAUUAGAAGAAAUCUGCUUUAAAGAUAUGGAGAAGAAUCUUGGGUUGUAGUAACAGGAGGAUCAGAUGGGAUUGGUAAAGAAUUUUGUAUUUAAUUGGCAAAAUAGAAAUUCAAUAUUGCCAUAAUAGGUAGAAAUGCCAAUAAGAUGGAUUAAGUUUGUUUAGAAUUAUAAGGUUUUGGAGUUCAAACUAAAUUUAUUGUAGCUGAUUUUAAUAAUGGAUAUGCAGUUGAUUUUUAUAAUAAGAUCUAUGAAUAGCUUGAGUAUUUAGAUAUUUCAAUUUUGGUCAAUAAUGUUGGAGCAGCAGAAGCUGGAUAAUUUGAACAAAUGAAAAUGGAAGAUUCAUUCAUGAUGUUUAGAGUAAAUGCAUUAUCUACUCUAAUGAUGACUAGAAUUUUAAUCAAUAAAUUAUAGAAUAGAAAUAAGAAAUCUGCUGUGAUUACGAUUUCAUCUGGAUUAGCAUAUUUACCUAGUCCACUUGUUAGUGUAUAUAGUGGAACAAAAGCAUUCACAAAUUAUUUUACUUAAUCUUUGGCUUUAACAUCAAAGAAUACAGACUUUUUGAGCGUGACUCCUUUGGGAGUAAGUACAAAGAUGUUGGGAAAUAGAAAAGGUUCUAAUAUUGUUGAAACUAAUGAAUUUGUUAAAAAUGUGAUUAAUGAUCUAAGAUAAGGCAAGACACACAGUUUCGGUUGUUAUCAACACAAAUAGUUUAUCAAUCAUUUAUUAUGGAGAAACUAAAAUUAUAGGAAUAAAGUAAAAAUAUAAAUAGGGAAUAAUUUAAUGAAUUGUUAGAUGUUAAAAGGUAAUUAGAAAGAAUGAU